AUUGGGUAUUCUUUGCGGCCGUGGACUGUCGUUGAUGCUGGGGUUAAUGGUUGUUGAUUGAAAGUGUGGGAUAUUUCUGCCUUCGCGGUGAAAGCUGGAAAGCUCUCGCAGAUCUGGCAACUUCCGUUUCCCGCGCUCGGAAACUUUGGGACCCCCCCAAAAACCACCCAUAUCCCACCUCGUCAUAGUGCAUCCCGCACUCUCACAUUCUCACACCACGCCGCAAUUCAUUGACGGCCAGCAUCGCUAUGUUGGACAGUUUCGAGAUCCUGACGACCUCGGGUGUCGUGCUCUGGUCGCACACGUACGUCCCCGUCGGCGCAAAUAUAAUUAACAGUCUCAUCCGCGAUGUCUUUAUCGAGGAGCGCAUUCAACCACAGGCAGAAGAUGCGGGCUCAAAACCUACCUACAGGAAGGAGGGCUACACACUGAAAUGGACAGCAGCGAAGGACUUGGGAUUAAUAUUUGUGGCCGUAUACCAGUCUUUGGUCCACAUGACUUGGAUAGACAAGCUGCUCGAUAACGUGCGAAAGUUAUUCACUGGACUAUACGAGGCGCAGUUGAAGAAAGAGCACACAAGCAUGGUGGAUUGUUCGAAAUUCGGCCCAUACUUUGAGAGGCAGGUCCAAGAAUUGGAGCAAUCGGCAGACGGCGCAACCGCCUCCUCCUCGACCAGCGUCAAGCUCACCCCUCCCUCGAGCACGGAGAACGAUAGCGCAGAGGAAAGUGCUCCUGCACAAAAUCUUCAACGCACACAGCGACCGUUGUACGAUACAUCGGCCGACUCGACCCCCGUCCCUACACCGGACACUUCGCGGCCGACUACACCAGCACAAAGCCACCUACUGACGGGCAAGGCGCGCCCAGGUGGGAAACUUUCACGGAGAGAUAGGAAGAAGGCGGCAGGUAUGGGGUCAGCACCAGUUUCAUCCGGGGACGAGGCGAGCAUCAAGCGGAAAGGCAAGGGCUCGGCAAAGAGGAAUAGGGUAUGGGGCGACUUUGGUGCGGAAGAGGAGGAUCCUUCAAUGGUUCUCGAUUACUCGCAGGCAGACCUCCGAGACGAAGCCUCGGAAAAUGAGGCUCUGGAAGAGAUCAAGCCUGAGACAUGGGGCCGCAAGACUGGCAAAGGCCAAUUCGUAUUGAAGGACUUGGACGAGGAGAUGGAUGCGAUAAUAGCAGAGCAAAACGCGAAGAAGGAAACCCCAGCGGCAUCGACCGGCAUUGUGGGAUCUAGCCUUGGCGCAAUAGGAGGACUAUUCAGGAACGUGGUUGGAGGAAAGACCCUGACGAAGGAGGAUCUCGUCAAGCCUCUGAAGGGCAUGGAGGAGCAUCUCCUCAAGAAGAACGUCGCAAGAGAAGCUGUCGUAAGGCUAUGUGAGAGCGUAGAGCGAGAUCUCAUUGGCCUCAAGACCGGAAGCUUCACUACAAUCGAGGCCACCCUCCGCACGUCUAUGGAGAAGGCUCUUACCAAGAUUCUCACACCCACAUCAUCCCUUGAUCUUCUCCGCGAGAUCCAGACUGUCAAUGCUGGAGGCCGCCCUUACGUUCUCUCUAUUGUUGGCGUCAACGGUGUUGGCAAAUCUACUAACCUCAGCAAGAUUGCAUUCUUCAUGCUGCAGAACCACCACCGCGUGCUCAUUGCCGCCGCCGAUACCUUCCGAUCAGGCGCUGUCGAGCAACUCCGCGUUCAUGUGCGAAAUUUGAAGGAGCUAAGCAAGCGAGAAGGAGGUGAGGUCGACCUUUUCGAAAAGGGAUACGGCAAGGACGCAGCGAACAUCGCUGCCGAUGCGGUGACAUAUGCGUCAAAGAAUAACUUUAAUGUCGUGUUGAUCGACACAGCUGGUCGCCGUCACAACGACCAACGUCUCAUGUCGUCCCUCGAAAAGUUCGGCAAGCUCGCCAACCCAGACAAGAUUCUUAUGGUUGGCGAAGCGCUUGUGGGUUCCGACUCCGUCGCUCAAGCCCGCAAUUUCAAUGCUUCAUUUGGACCUGGAAGGGGUCUUGAUGGAUUCAUUAUCUCCAAGUGCGACACAGUGGGUGACAUGGUGGGCACGCUCGUGAGCAUGGUCCACGCAACGGGCAUUCCCGUGGUGUUUUUGGGUGUUGGACAACAUUAUGACGAUUUGAGAGGCUUGAACGUAUCUAGUGUUUGCCGCCUUUUGAUGAGUUGAAAGCUGGGUUCGUUGCCUUAGCCCCUGUAUUUCAUUCUUUCUGUAUAGCCAUACUUUCUUUUCCAGAAUGUUACGCCUUCACAGUCUUGGUUCCUAUUGGCGCCUAAUUGUGCUCCACUGUAUGGAUUACAGUGUAAGAGUGUACACAAAUUGAGACUUAUAAUUCCAC